GCUUGGGCGGUGGUCGCCAAACACAAACAACAGGUGUUGGUCCCAGUUUUUGUCCAUUUUUAUGGACACUCCGACCUCAAAUUUUUGGUUCAUUGUUAAUUUAGACUGAAAAUAUGAUUUCGUUUCGAUCGGAGUGGUUCAUUUUGUCAUUUCUCUUCGUCCAAGCGACAGCUCAAUACAGUUCGCAAGAAGACGAAGGAACUGCAAAAUGGUGCACCGUUAGUUUAGCCGAGCAGUACAAAUGCCAAAAUUUUUCAAAAGCGGUUGAAAGGGACACCCUGUCAAGUAAAUUUAGCAGGGACGCACUGAAAGUCGAAUGCGUUCGAGCUUUCAACAAAGACGAGUGCAUGACUCUUUUGGACGAGGGUACCGUCCAUUUGACAAGUCUGGACGCCGGUGAGGUCUUCAUUGGAGGCCGGUACCACAGUUUGAUCCCUUUGAUGCAGGAGACACUUGAAGGUGGCGCCUUGAACUAUUUCGCAGUUGCUGCGAUUAAAAAGGGUACUUUGACCGACGUGCGAAAGUUACGAGAUCUUCGCAACAAGAGAGCCUGCUUUGCGGGUGUCGGAACUCAAGCCGGAUGGGUCAUUCCGAUUGAUGUGAUGAUGAAGCAAGGUGGUUUAGAAGUGAUCGACUGCAACAACCAUGUCAAAUCGGCCAUUGAAUUUUUUGGCCCGAGCUGUGCAGUCAACUCUCUGACCGAUAAAUACAAUCCAAUUGGUGACAACUCUGACAAGCUGUGUCAGUUGUGCAUUGGUGAGGUGCCUGGAGGAAGGUGUACAAGUGCCGAUCCCUAUGCAGGGUUUGAAGGCGCCUUCCGCUGCUUGGUUGAAACAGGGGACAUUGCUUUUUUGAAGCACACAACCAUUCAAGAAAUGGUCUCCGCCCAAACACUUACUUCUGUCCGGAAAGACCAGUUUGAGCUCUUAUGUCGAGACGGAACAAGAGUUUCCGUAGACGAAUACAGGAAUUGCAACUGGGGUGAAGUUCCUUCCCACGCGGUAGUAACUUCAUCAGGCCAGUCGUUUGACAGGCGAAAGAGUUUCCAAAAAUUCCUUAAGCAAGCGGUCAGACUAUAUGGAGGUUCAGUUCCGUACUCUCCGACGCCUUCUUCUCAGGUCAACCGAACUAGGAUUGACUUCACUACUGAGAGAAAUCAGUAUGAUAGGUUUGGCAAUCCUAUCAGUAACCGGGAUCAAGACCGCUUCGGCAAUACCAAUCGGGAUCAAGAUCGUUUUGCUAAUAAUAACCGGAAUCAAGAUCAGUUUGGCCAGGAAGUUCAGUAUGAUAGAUUUGGUCGGCCCAUAUCUCGUCAGAAGAGACAGUUUGAAUUAGACAGAUUUGGACGACCGAUCAAUAACAGAGAUAGAGAUUAUGUGACAGACCCUCCUGAAGAUACCCAGCCAAAAACAGAGGACGAUUUUAAGCUGUUUGUCUCUGCAGCUAAGUACGGACGUCAACACAAUCUCUUGCUUCAAGACACUGCUCGAGGUUUGAUAGCAAUUGAGGAGAACAAACAAACCUAUUCUGGCUACCUCGGUAAGGCUCUGGAGCCAAUUUUAUCUGUUCGAAAGUGUCCUGUUGGAAGAAUGACCCUUUGCGUUACGUCUGAGCCGGAAAUGGAAAAAUGCAACAGGAUGAGGACUGCUUUGCGGGCGCAGCUUCUGAAGCCAGACAUGUCCUGCUUCAAAGCGCACAGCCACGUCCAUUGUCUGCAAGCCAUCAGGAGUGGAGACGCUGAUGUAGCUGUCAUGGACGCCAGCGACGUUUAUACCGGAGGACUUAGCUACGAUCUCAUCCCAUUUAUUGCUGAGGUUUACAACCUGGGCAAGCCUGAAUACUACGUUGUUGCUGUUGCCAAGGAAAAUGAUCCGAGUACAGAACUGACUUAUCUGAGAGGAAAGUACACUUGUCACACUGGAAUCAACACUGCGUCUGGAUGGGUAAUUCCCCUGGCCUAUCUGAUUUCAAACGGUUGGAUUCGGAGUUACGGUUGUGACAGUGUGAAAGCGGCUGCCGAAUAUUUCUCAAAGUCCUGCGUCCCUGGCGCCCUGAGUGCCGAGUACAACAGUGGCGUGCCUUACGACAAUCUGUGUCACCUGUGCCACGGCUCAAGCUUUCGGUACUGCCGCAGGGACGCUUCCGAGGACUACUUUGGGCACACUGGUGCCUUCCGCUGUCUUGUCGAAGGGGGUGGUGAUGUUGCUUUUGUCAAACACACUACCGUGAUGGAAAACACAGAUGGCAAGAGGAGGGAGUGGUGGGCUCGAAACACUCUUACUGAUGACUACGAACUGCUCUGCCCGGACGGCACAAGGGCUUCUUUGAAGGACUACAAGUGGUGCAGCCUUGGCAAGGCAAAGGCCAACGCCAUAAUCACUAGGGGAGGAGCAGGAUAUAAUGAGAGUGAAGUGGAGGCGUAUACAAAUCUGUUCGUCUAUGCUCAGCAAUUUUAUGGACGUAAAUAUCAAGACGAGUUCAGUUUCAGCAUGUUUUACUCGCCUCCACCCUACUCUGACUUGAUAUUCCAAGACGCAACCCAGCAGCUCUAUAUUCUUCCGAAGGAUGAGCGCAACUACAGGUCAUACCUGGGCAGGGACUUUAUGAGGGCCCGGGCCCUUGUUGACUGCCACGCAGGAGCAGCUGGAUUGGCCGAAUCACUGGCGCUCAUUUUCAUGUCGACUUUUGCAAUUUUGCUCGGCAGAAGGCAUUUUUAGAAACUAGCUUAGUUUUUGCAGAUAAAUAAUUUUACUGUUAUUAAUUUUAUGUUCAAUCAAUCAAAGAAAACUGCAUUCCGUCCACUUUGCAGAUUCAAAUCAAGCAUUCCGUCCACAUUGUAUUUUACAAAUGACAUGAAGUAUUAAAGAUCUGACUUAUAUUAUUUGUAGUGUUAUAAAUUAACUGUGAACUCAUAUUAUUCAAUUUUUGUCCACCUUCCAUUACUGGAAGAAGUCAGUUUCAGUUAAGUGAAUCUGUUUUUAUAUUUACAAUAUUUUUAUAUUACAAACAAAGACGGAUACUUUUAAAAAUAAUUUUGUUAUAAGAAUGGUUGAACGAGAAUACAUCUUGAAUGACAUU